AAAGAGGACAAAUCCACUCUCUAUGUAUGGCCCCGCUUAACGAGUAUAAAGAUAAGGUUAUGACUCUGCUCCAUAUUUUGCACGGCUCAGAUUCUAAUAAAUGAGAUGUAGCGUGAACAAAGUUGCCCGCCCGAUAAACGAUCCAGAUUCACGCCGUCAAUGAGAAGCUAACUGCGGAACGAAUAGGAGUAAACGAGGACGAAGUUAGAAAUUAGAGGGAGAGAGAGAGAGAGGUGGGUUGAGGUGGGUUUUCAUCAGUUGCUUAGGUAUACGAUAAAAAGCAGUGACACCGACGACGCGGCCCCCAUCCAUCCCAAAUGACUCAUACACUUUUGAUGCGUCCGUACGUAUUCUCAUCCGUCCGGAGCACCAAUACCACUCCCCUCAUCCGUUCCGUUGCAGUCACACCCACCUCCUUGUUUUCCCGCAGUAGCAGCAAUAGCAGGAAGAUUUUCGAGAGAAUCGCAUCAGCUUCAGCAUCACUUUCUUGGUCGUCAUCAUCUGCGGUUAGGAAGCUCCAAUUCCAUGACUUUUCGUAUUCGACACCCAAAUUUGAAGGCUUUUUGGUGAAGAGGAGAUUCAGUGUCCGAUCGACUACACAGGUUUCUGAUUCGGGUUCCAUCGAUUCCCCCAUGAUGCAGUCCAUGCAAAAGAAGAUCAAGGAACAGCUAAAUGCAGAUGAGGUCAUUGUCAGGGAUGCUUAUGGAGACGGUCGACAUGUCAGGUUAGAUUGUCUUUUGACUGUUGCUGGAUGUGGGGGUGCAUGUAACAAAAGAAUUACAAUUGCUCUUCUGUUGAUGGGAAAGAUUGUGCAUGCACAGUGUGCAGUAAGAGUUGGUGUGCACGUAUCUCCAGGCAUAUUGACACAUUUCAAUUUGACGUUUAAACAUUCAUGUUGUGAAAUUCUUGUUAGAUUCCUGCAACCCAUCUUUUAG